AAGAAGAUCGAGCAUGCAAUCAGAGUUGUGUUUGAAAAAGAGAGAUUAAAUACCUGCAAAAUGACGUGAAACAACACAAACUAAACAUGUCUUCACAGGCGGACAGAGUGGUUGGUUAUGGCCAAGGUUCUAAAACUGCUACUGUUCUAACCAACCGGUCCAAUUUCAUCAUGAUCGUGACUGAUGAGCCUCAGUCCGCCCGCCAUCCAGACACAUUUCGGGGUCUUCCAGCCAUACGCAAAGGCGUUCGUCCCAUGAACACAUCGACUUUGUGCCUUGGUAGCUCUCCCGAGAAGACUUCGUACGAAACCUGCAUGAAGUCGAGCUUUUCUGGUAGCAAAUCGCUUCCAUCAAGCAAACGGCCACCAGGAUUCCCAUCACARCAUACGUCACAAUUUGCYAUUGGAAGUGACAAUGAACACACCAUGGCCUCACACUCCAAGACAACAUAUGUCAAUCAUAACAAUGCUACAGCCCAGCAGCGUGAACAUAACCAACGUUGGAACAAACAAAUGUCUGGAAAGGACAUGGUUGAGUCAACAAGACAAAGCCUGAAUACUGAGAAGAGUUUCAAUACAACUUAUGAAGCAGUCCAUAACAAUCUUGGGAGAGUUAGGGGACCUGGUACCCAAAUGUGCCCACCAAGAAGACAAUGCUACAAUAUUUUGACAGGGGCAGAGAUUAAUUCACCACCUCAGGAUGAAUUUCACAAGACGUCUGGAAAUCGCACCUUGAGUGACAUCAGGCAGGCYCRAGAUGAACCGCUUCUGAGAUAGAYAUUGGURUUAUUGGUGCUUUUUAACAAGAGUGAAUUAUUAUGCAAAAGGGAGGGGAUCUAUUGCAAUUAAAUGCUACUUGUAAAUUUAUUAUAUCAACCUUAUGGAACCUAUGAAUUUUGACAGUUUUACAUGUAAAUAAAAUGUUUUAACCAA